GCAUGGGAGGGCGCGGCUGGAGAUGAGCAGGCGGAAAGGGGUGGUUCAGUUGUGUUCGCUCGAUUGAUCCAAAAAAAAAGUUGCGUUCGCUCGAUCGAGCAGCGGGGAAACAAGCCAUGGAGAGCUCGCCGCCCACAAUCACCGUCCAGGUGAAGUUCGCCGGCCGAACCAUUCCGGUGGAACUCCCGACAUCCGCCUCCACCGCGGAGCUGAAGCUCCUCCUACAGCCGCUAACCAACGUUCUCCCCCGCGGCCAGAAACUCAUCUGCAAAGGAAAAGUUCUUGCCGACGCCGCGAGUCUGAGCUCGAUGCAGGUGGGGGACGGAUCCAAGGUCAUGCUCAUCGCUUCACAGGGUCUUCACCAGGGGGAAGGCCCCAUCACUAAGAAUAGCAGUGGUCUUGCACCAAGUGCAAAAAGAACCUCAAAUGUUAAGGAUAAUCAAACACUAAAACCGGAGAUUAUCAGCAAAAGCCGAGCGGAGCGUUGGAAAAUAACAGGUGUCAUUGCUUUAUCUGGUUCCAGUUUGAAGGCAGUGCCUGAGGAAGUCUGGGACUGUGGCUCCUCCAUACGAGUACUAGAUGUCUGUAACAACUCAAUUGAAGCAAUUCCACAGAAAAUUGCUGCCCUUAAAUCAUUAAAUAAAUUGUUGCUAACCGCCAAUGACAUAUCUGAUGGGGGCAUCAGCUGGGAAGGUCUAUCAUGUGUUGAUACAUUAACAGUUUUAUCUUUAAGCCAAAAUCGAUUGGUCACUUUACCUCCGAGUUUGGGCACAUUGACUUUUCUACGUGAACUUCGCAUUGCAAAUAACAUGCUUGGCAGCCUACCUGUUGAAAUAGGUUUGCUGAAGCAGCUAGAGAUUCUUAUAGCAAAUAAUAAUAGGAUAACUUCGCUGCCUUCCUCUAUAGGCGACUGUGAAUCUCUCUUUGAGGUGGACUUAUCAUCGAAUCUUUUAGCCGAACUACCAAAGGCUUGCGGAAACCUUCACAAUCUGAAGACUCUGCAUCUAAGGAACAAUGGUCUUAAUUCCCUACCGCCGACUUUAUUCAAGAAGUGCUGGCGGCUUACUACACUUGAUCUCCAUGGCACCGGAAUUACAAAUGACAUUCUUCGACAGCUGGAGGGCUGGGAGGAGUUUGAUGAACGUAGGUGGCAGAAGUAUCAAAAGCAGCUGGAUUUUCAUGUAGGAUCAUCAGGUGUUUUCGACGAGGGUGCGGAUGAUGAUAACCGGCAUGCAUAAUUGUCUUUCUUAUUACAGACAGGGUUUUGCGCUUCCAAUAUUGUCCCAGAAUUAUUCUAGAAUUGAACUUGAACAGACACGGAGCUGAUAUUAUUCCUCACAUUUUGGUCGUGUAUUUGUUUAUUCCUAUCAUUUCAUUACAUUUUAAUACCAAGUGAUGAAAAGUGGUGGCUACCUGUUAAACAUUA